AUGGGUGACAAGGCCGAAGGGUUGUUACAGCAUCUGGAAAAAGACUACUGCCCCCCUCUAGAUUCAGCGCUUUUUACGGCUAUCGUAUGCGACUAUGAUCUCGAAGAUUCCGCUCAGCUUCAGCAGCUCCGCGACACCCUGGAUGCGCUGAAGCUCUCGGCAUGGGAGCAGGAAGAUUUACCGUUCGAUCCGUCUGGGACUAGUGGGCUGAGUCCCGUCACCAACGGCGCCGAUGCGGAUGGGAUCCUAUCCGAGCGCAGCGGAUCGCAAAACGGCACUGCGCGAUCGCGCGAAACAGAUCUCACAAGUCUGGCUUCUGAACUCUCGUCCGUUGGGCUAGACGACAAGGGCGCGAGAAACCAGGGCAGAGGGAGCAGUCUGAGAUAUACUAUCCGCGCCGAUGGUUCGAUUUCGCUCUCCGGCGCAUCGGAGGAGGAUAAAAUCGGCUAUCUUUCGGAGAUGUUCCCAUCCGUGGAUCGCUUUACCAUCCAACAUACGCUGCGGAAGUCGGAUGGGGAUGUUGAUCGCGCCAUGGAUGUGCUCUUGAAUGUCGCAUUCUUCGACGAGCAGCCGACAAUUGAAGACGGGACCAAGGUCGCCAUUCCUAAGGGUGUUGAUGGCUUUGGAGAGAGUUCAUAUGAGGAUCCUGGACGGAAGAAAAACCGCAAGCGCAAGGGGAAAAAUAAAAACGGCUCGGCCGGACUCUCCUCUGUCCUGCCUAAUAAUCCAUCGGGUUGCAAUGAAAACUCCACCACCAAUAAAUGGGAUGCCGGGCAGAAAGACAUGGAUUUCAUUUACUCGCGAACUUUUCCUGUCCUAAAGAAGGAGACUGUGGCUUCAUCCUACCAUGCGAAUGGGGCAUCGCUGCCUGUCACAAUUCGUUCCCUUGCUACAGAACAUGCGCCCAAGGAGGAGUAUAUCCAUACGAACCCUGUCAUGAUUGCGCAAGUCGCAGAAUUGACGCAGGAAUUUCCCUCCAUCGAGCCAACCUUACUGGGGGGCUUGCUCUCGAUCACACGGAACUCUACAUCUGCUGCCGGCGAACUGGCUGUUGCUAUGCUCACCCGCCCGGCGGCUCACUCCGUGUCUGAAUUGAUCAAGAUCACUACCGCGCCCCCUGUCUUAGACUUCGAGGACGACGAGCCCAAGCAGCCUAGUGCUGGGCUGCGGGGGACCCGUGACUAUGGGGCUGCGCAGACCAUCGCUGGUACUCAUUUCGUUAGCAGUGCAGAAGCGUUUAACAAAGCCACCGCUGCAUAUCGUCGUGGUAAGUCAGACAGGUUGAUGGGCGGAGCAGCUGCUUAUUACUCUGCUGUGGGCCGGGAUCAUCUCGAACGGGCAAAGCGGGAGGCAGCAGCUGCGGCAGAGGCUUUUGUUGAUUCGCAGUCGACGUCCAAUGCACUGGAUCUACACGGGGUCUCGGUACAGGAUGCCGUCCGGAUCGCCAGUGCCCGUGUCUCCCAAUGGUGGGAUUCCCUCGGCGAUGCGAAGUACAUCCGUGGUGGAGAAGCUGCACGAUCGGGCUUUCGGAUCAUCACCGGAGUCGGACGGCAUAGUCACGAUGGCACCUCUCGUCUGGGCCCAGCUGUUGGCAAGAUGCUGGCUCGAGAGGGAUGGAAAGUGGAAGUCGAGGAGGGUGUUCUGAGGGUGACCGGUGUUGUGCGACGUCGUUGA